CGCGCGGGCCGCGGCAGAGCUGGAGGCUGCAAGGAGAGCCCGCGGGGGCCCGGAGGGUGCGAUUCCUCCGCCCCCGCAAAACAAUGUGUGGCGUGCAGCGGGGCGCAAGUUUCGGGAGGCGGCGGGGACGCGCUGAGCCCGCCUGAGACCGCGCCGCUGACCUUCUCCCCUCGCCGUCCGUUGGGCCCGAGCGCCCAGCUCCUCGCUCCUCAGCUCGCGGGGGCCGGGCCGAGCUGCGGGGCGGGGCCGCCCCUCCGUCGCUGCUGCCUCCUCCCCCACCCUUAGCCGCUGAGGAUGCGGACGGCCCCCGGCGGCGUCUAGCGGCCCCGGGCCCAGGCGCGAUGGUGCAGCAGCGGGGCGCGAGGGCCAAGCGGGACGGCGGGCCGCCGCCCCCGGGGCCCGGGCCGGCCGAGGAGGGGGCGCGUGAACCCGGCUGGUGCAAGACCCCGAGCGGCCACAUUAAGAGACCGAUGAAUGCGUUCAUGGUGUGGUCGCAGCACGAACGGCGGAAGAUCAUGGACCAGUGGCCCGACAUGCACAACGCCGAGAUCUCCAAGCGCCUGGGCCGCCGCUGGCAGCUGCUGCAGGACUCGGAGAAGAUCCCGUUCGUGCGGGAGGCGGAGCGGCUGCGCCUCAAGCACAUGGCGGAUUACCCGGACUACAAGUACCGGCCACGCAAAAAGAGCAAGGGGGCGCCCGCCAAGGCGCGGCCCCGCCCCCCCGGCGGCGGUGGCAGCCGGCUCAAGCCCGGGCCGCAGCUGCCUGGCCGCGGGGGCCGCCGAGCUGCAGGAGGGACUUUGGGGGGUGGCGCGGCGGCGCCCGAGGACGACGAUGAGGACGACGACGAGGAGCUGCUGGAAGUGCGCCUGGUGGAGACCCCUGGGCGGGAGCUGUGGAGGAUGGUCCCGGCGGGGCGGGCUGCCCGGGGACAAGCGGAGCGCGCCCAGGGACCGUCGGGCGAGGGGGCGGCUGUCACCGCCUCCUCCCCGACUCCGUCGGAGGACGAGGAGCCGGAGGAAGAGGAGGAGGAGGCGGUGGCAGCGGAGGAAGGCGAAGAGGAGACAGUGGCGUCGGGGGAGGAGUCGCUGGGCUUUUUGUCCAGACUGCCCCCCGGCCCAGCCGGCCUGGACUGCAGCGCCCUGGACCGCGACCCGGACCUGCCGCCCCCCUCGGGCACUUCGCACUUCGAGUUCCCGGACUACUGCACCCCCGAGGUUACCGAAAUGAUUGCAGGGGACUGGCGCCCGUCUAGCAUCGCCGACCUGGUUUUCACCUACUGAGCCCACCGUCAGCGGGGCGCGCACGCCCCCAAACCAGCUGUUUACAUACAGGAAUCAGGUAUUGGGGCCCCUCGGAGGCCGAGGCUGGCACCCCAUCUCCCGCGCAGCCUCCCCCCUCCUAGACGUGCCCGUUUCCCCCCGUCCCUACAAUUCCAGACGUGCCCCUCCCCCGCAGACACACCCCAAGGGCAGCCCAACCCCCACCCCAUCCCUGACAUUCUAGCCCUUCCCCUUCUUGCCCCCUUCCGCACAGCCACCAGCAGCCAGCCCCCCUCCGACACACCGCCCAUCCUUUCCUACAGACCUGCACCCCUCCCCCACUUCGUACACGCCCCUCCUCGUGGCCGGAGGACACGCCCCUGCCCUUCAGAAUCCCUGCGCUUUCGCCCAGCCCGCCUCCUUUCUCUUUCGGGGGUGCUGCGGCUGGGCGGCCCCGAGCGCUGCUCCCUGGCUGGAGGGGGGAGGGGCACGCUCCUUUCACUGUGGGGCGCUGAGCCCCGCCCCUCCCGCGCAUGCUUAAUGCUCCCGGGGAGGAGGGGGCUGGUCCCGCCGCGCCGCGCUCGGUCGGCUCUGGGAGGAGGGCGGUCGUGGAGCGAUCCCGAGAAAUCUUAGGUUCUUCGAGCCGCGGCUUCCCACAGCCCGAUGGGGCGGCCCUGCCUUAAUGGGAGGAGCGGUCGGAAACGGGAGAGAAGGACUGGCCGAGGCGGGAGGCCCGUUUGGAGCUUGAACUCUCCGGUGGCUCGGCCUUUUCUCGCGGAGGGGUCGCCCCGACCCGCGUGCGGCGCCCGCCGCGCGGCUGCCCGCACAGUCGCUCCCGAAACUUUCCCUGCUGCCCCCACCUGGUAACGAGGAGGGUGGUAGGUUCUCGGAGCCCGCCGCGAAAGAGCGCUGCCCGAGAGCCCUGAGGACCACGGCCGCCGCCCCGUCCGGCCGGGGCAGGGUCCUCGCGCCCCCUCCGGCGCGGCCAGCACUCGCAGUCCCGGCCCCUCCCUGAGCCUGCCGCCCCUUGCUCGGUCGCCCAGGCCCACCCUCGGCCCGCGGCUACGGCGGGAGGGACGAAGGCCCGUUGGUCAUAGCGGGUUGAGACAGGCGGGGUAGCGGAUGGCGUGGAGCCCACUUUUAAACAGCUGGCGAGAGACGCCGUCCACUGGGCCCGUGGCCUCAACGAGCGUCAGAGAGGUGGAGGUGGGCUGUUCGCGCCCGUUUCUACCUGUGAAAAAUAGGGAAAGCACUGCCGGAGGAAGAAACUGUCCAGUCGGGUGGCCGCCGGGACACUGCCCCUUCCGCUGUUACCCUCUUGCUCCAGCUCCCGCCCAAGCCCCGCCCCUCCGGCCUCCCACUCCCCUUUGCCCUCACUACCUGUAUCUCACCGGCGUGUGUUCACCCUCCGGGUGUGCACACACUCUCAUUCACACACACAAAUCUCAGGAACAAACGGUCCCAGAGUCCUCCGGGACCCGCGCCCAGGGUCUCUGCAGGUCUCUGCCCCACGCGUUCCCGUCGCUGACAAAGCCACCAGCUGCCUCCUUUAAGCUUGGUGCUCCGGCUCUGGGCCUUUCUCGUGCUCUCUUUCUCUCUUUCUCUCUCUCUCUUUUUCUCUCUUUCCUUUUUUUUUUUUUAAAGAAAAACAACAACGACAAAAAAAAAAGACAAUGAAAAAAACCCAGAAAACGUCAUGUGAGUGAAAAGAUGUCACUGUCUGUGGUCUUGGAGAACUAGUCUCGUAGCUAAGGGAGGGGACCCCUCCAGUCUGGGGCACUGGCACCCACAGCAGGACUUCGCCAGUUUGAUGCCAGGAUUGAAUAAAGUGUAUUUGCCCCGACCUCGCCCUGUGGUUCUACAUGUCUGUGCCUUCCUCUACCCUCCCCAGUUUUCCAGAAUCAAAAAUCCAUGUGCUUUAGCACCAUGCAAAAAGAACUGAGGUCCCCAGCCAAGGUACCUGGACAGCUAGGCCUCUGCCACCUUCCACCUCAAGACUCCUGGUCUUUCUCAAGGAUGGCACACCCCUGCAGGUGUCAGGCAGGUGCUGGGUAGGUAAUGUGAUGGGUCUCAGACACCAGCUUCAUGACCCACCUGGGGAGUAAGAGUGCACCUGAUCACCUACUGCCAGUCCUUACCCCCUGGGAAUGCAGCCCAGCCUUGGGGGUGGGGGUGCUCAAGAGAAGGCAGCUAUCUAGAUGUUCAAUGAGUCAUCUGAAUUUCACAAUAAAUGAGCUAGAAAAUUUUAAAUCCAUGGGAUCCAAAUGAAGUAAGUACACACUUUGCCCAGAGGCUAGUUUGACCCUGAUCUGGGUGAGGAUAAAGAGACAGGUCACACUGGGCUGAAAGCCCAACUCCUCCAUGAUACCCGUGUGACCUUGAGCAAGUUCAUUUCACCCUAACUCUCCACUUGUGGAACAUGGAGAGGAUAACAGUACCUGUUUCAAGGUGAAAUGAAGUCUGAGGUGAGAAACAUUUGAAGCAGUGCCCUGUAAAUGUUGUUACUCCAUUGCAGAGGAGGAAACUGAGGCACAGGGUGGUGAAACAACUUGUAGAAGGGCCUGCAAGCAGCCAAGGUCAGAGACAGAACCCCAAAUCUUGGUUCUAUGAGCUGCCUCUCCCUCCUGUCCAUGUCUGAGUUGGGGUUAGGCCUCUCAAGGUCGGGGUGGGAUUGUCUGAUGCCUGACUCCUAACUGGCCCAGAGUAUAGACUAUUGUAUGGCUAAAGAGCAACAGAAGCCACACGGGUUCUUGUCUUUGAGAUUCUUGCCAGUGUGACCAUGGCUUUUCCAGAAAAGCUCCUGAUACUCCUUAGUUCUUACAAUACCUGGUUCAGUUAAUCCCUGAACUCAGACCAAUCUGGGUUCCCAAUAAAAAUGAAGGUUGAGUAUACAAAUCUCAUUCAGUGAGGGUGUUUAGGGACGGGGUACUCACAGAUAGUAUAACAGCUCUAACAGCUUUGGGUGGGCUGGGGGCCUGCAGAAAAUGGCACUGGAGAUGCAGGAAUGACAAUGACUUCUUCCUCUGGGUCUGAUUGGAAGCAAGAUAGUAAAAAAAAAAAAAAA